AUGAAGGGCUUCUGUCUGCGGUCCAAGUCUGAGAGUGAAGUCUGUAUCAAGAACCACAUUAUCAAGAUUCAGACUCAGUUCGGCACGAAAAUCAAGUUUGUUCGGCACGAUGGAGCGCAUGAGUUUGCGACCAACUCGAUCAAGACCUUCUACGAAGAUCAUGGUAUCGAACAACAGGUCACGGUGCCGUAUGCACACCAGACCAACGGCACCGCAGAACGCGCGAUAAGGACCAUCGUCACGAUCGGACGCAGCUUGUUGCAUCAUGCAAAGCUGGAGAAGUGUUUCUGGGCUGAAGUGGCAAUGACGGCGAUCUACAUCAAGAACCGCCUGCCUUCACCCAAGAUCGACCACAAGACUCCGUUCGAGAUCGUGUACAAGUCGAAACCAAGUGUCAAGCACAUGCGCGUGUUUGGAUGUCGGGCGCUUAUCCUGAAACCAAGGGAGAAGCGAUUGAAGUGGGACCCGAAGGCUCGUGAAGGGGUGUUCAUGGGCUACGAAGAAGCGUCAAAAGCUUAUCGAGUGUACGACAUUGAGGCGGACCAAGUGGUGAUCAGUCGUGACAUCACCUUCGACGAAUCGACUUUUGACUUUUCGAUGGACCGACCAAGUGACGAUGAUGAAGAUGCGGAGUUGGACCUCGACCUCCUGGCGAUCAACGAGGACGACGUGCGUCAAACCGUCUACAAGCAGACUGGCAAGUGCAAGAGUGAAGCAAGACCCGGCAUGUCACGUUCAGCUCGCCCUCGAACUGGGUUGGAACAAGCAAGUGCGCCGGCACACGUCUCAACCGUCACCAGAAACGACGAUCAAGUGCUCCAGAAACGAUGUCUGAUGACGAAGAAGAUGCAAGCGUCUACGAUCAAGAUGACGACUCGAUGCCUCCAACAUUUUGGCGUGCAAGUGCAAACGCAGUGGAAGCAACUGACCUAG